AUGGAACAUGCAAUCUGCCGGAACUCCACAAGUCGUGAUAUCUCAGUUAUCUGGAAGAACCAUCCCAUCUUCCUCCAAGCUGUCCUUAUCGGGCUAGAUGCAUUAUCCGUAAACCUGGCGGCUGGCAAGGAAGAGGCUUCCCGUGCUAUGGGCGUGGGUUGCGUUCCUAUUGGCAAGGAAACAUGGGAUCUCCAACUCUUCUGCGCUGGUCGACAUGUGGCCUCACAAGGUGUUUGUUUACUAACAUGGAGUCGAAAUACGGAGGAUACUGUUGUUCUAUUGGGUUUCGCUUGGACAUUGGCCUUGAUGUACAGGUUCACCAGAGUACUCGCACAAAUUCCCCGCCAGAUGACCAACAAGGUCUUCGCGCAUUCUGAUCUUUCCUUCUCCUCCUCCUCCUCCUCCUCCUUUCCCGCCUCCUCCUCCUCCUCCUCCUCCCUGCCCGGCCGAUGCCAAUCUGCUCUGAUUUGGGGGUUCCACGCUUGCGACCACUCCUGUCUUCCUCGGCUUGUCGUCCCUCGCGCUACAACAGGAACCGUCUGCCAACACCAGCAUCAGUACAACUCCUAG